AUGCUGUUAAAUCUCCAUCCCGAGAGUGUGAUUGCCGUGGGGGUUCUGCUUCCCACUUUGGCCUCGGUCGCAAUGGGCCUGCGCUUAUUCUCUCGUCAGCAUCUUGGAGUACCUUUGAAGGAAGAUGACUGGCUUCUCUUGGUGUCUACCAUCUUUGUCUGGGGACUGGGGAUCACCAACAUCGCCGGUGCAGCUCUGGGGGCGCUGGGCGCCCAUUCACUGCCCGCUGGUCCCAACGCGCCACAUGGAAAUACGAUUCUUCGGGGUCCCAAAGAUGAGAUUGCGGAGCAGAUCGUUCUGGGAUACAGUAUCGUUGAGAAAAUCACCUUUGGAGUCAUCAAAAUCAGCGUCAUCAUGGCCUAUCGUCGGAUCUUUCGAGGUCGCGGCUUCAAUAUUGCCUCUCUGUGCAUGAUGGUCGUUUGCACUCUGCUGGCACUGUCCUUCCUGAUCACUUCGGCGCUGCAAUGCCAUGUUCGCAAUUGGAACCUGAAAUAUCUCGAAUGGUCUCAUCGCAAGCAUUGCAUUCAAGCAGAGAUCUCGUGGUCUGGAUACGCCAUUGCCGACGUGCUGACCGACUUGGUUCUCUUACUUUUCCCGGUACCCUUGGUCUGGAAGCUGCAGUUGACCAUGUCCAAGAAGAUUAGUGUCUUGCUGGUUUUUCUUCUCGGCUCACUCUCGACUGCCGUCGGAAUCGUGAGGAUGGUGGUCAUUCUUUAUUUCACCUAUGGAGCCCCCGAUGGAUAUCGAGACUUGCUCGACACAAUUUCAACAGCCCUAAUCUGGAGCUUAGUCGAGGCCUCAGUGGCCAUUCUCGCAACUUGUCUCCCUUCGAUCCGUCCGCUCAUCCAUCGAUCCUCCGCCAGCUACCCGAGUAAGAGGCCGAUUUACGCCAGUGGACAUCAACUCUCGAAACCGCGGGACUCGCAGCUACGAGCGCACCCGGUAAUGCAUGGCUUUGAUGAGAUCGACGACUCUCAACAACCGGUCCUUCCAGCGGCGGCGCGAAUAUGGGCGCGAUAG